AUGAACAGCUCCACGGCAGGCUCCGAGGGGGGCUGGCAUCCUGAGUCCGUGAUCAUCCCCCUGGUGUACCUCGUCAUCUUCCUCGUGGGCACGGUGGGCAACAGCCUGGUCCUGGCCGUGCUGCUGCGCAACGGGCAGGUGAAGAACACCACCAACCUCUUCAUCCUCAACCUGGGGGUGGCCGACCUCUGCUUCAUCCUCUUCUGCGUCCCCUUCCAAGCCACCAUCUACACCCUGGAGGGGUGGGUGUUUGGGCCCUUCAUGUGCAAGGCUGUCCACUUCUUCAUCUACCUCACCAUGUACGCCAGCAGCUUCACCCUGGCCACCGUCUCCCUCGACAGGUAUUUGGCCAUACGAUACCCCCUGCACUCGAGGGAGCUGAGGACGCCCCGGAAUGCCCUCAUGGCCAUCGGCCUCAUCUGGGGGCUUUCCUUCAUCUUCUCGGGCCCUUACCUCAGCUACUACCAGGAAUUCCAGCUGGCCAACCUGACCGUGUGCCACCCCAUCUGGGAGAUCUCCCAGCGCAAGGUCAUGGACAUCUGCACCUUCGUCUUCAGCUACAUCAUCCCGGUGCUGAUCCUGAGCCUCACUUACGUGCGGACUAUUCGCUACCUGUGGAAGUCCGUGGACCCUCUCCAAGACAUGUCCGAGUCCAAGAAGGCCAAGCGGAAGGUCACCAGGAUGAUCAUCAUUGUGGCCGUGCUGUUCUGCCUCUGUUGGCUGCCCCACCACCUGGUCAUCCUCUGCGUCUGGUUCGGGUACUUCCCCCUCAACCACUCCACGUACGUGCUCCGCAUCCUGUCGCACGUCAUCUCNNNNGCCAACUCCUGCGUCAAUCCCAUCGUCUAUGCCCUGGUCUCCAAACACUUCCGCAAGGGCUUCAAGAAGAUCUUCAGCUGCCUCCUGCACAAGAAGGCAGCCCACAGGGUGCACGUGGCCCAGGUGACCAACACCGUCAGCACGCUGGAGGCAGAGCUCAGCGAGGUGACCCAGCUCAGUGAGGCCCUGCCCGGCCGCUCCGCCGCGCGCUGCAGGGUCCCAGCCCAGCCCUGGGGGGAGGUGGAGCUGGUGGGACAGCAGCACAAAGCAGAUGGCUCCUUCGUCACCUUCAGUGUCAGCUAGCAGAGCUUCUCCCCACCCCACGGCUUUGCGGGCUCCUGCAGCAAUGGCAGGCCUGGGGACAGGCCUACGUUUUGGGUUGAA